GUCCCUGUAGCAUUUCCUGCUGUCUCCUCUUCGUAUCUGAGUUUACCAGGUUCUCAAGACGCACGUGUGUGCUUCACAACGCCGCGUCAUGAAGUUGGUCUCCCUGUUGCAUCAGGCGCGUUUCUCAGCACGUCUGAGCAGCAUAGCUGUAGCACCCACGGGUUCUCGAUUGACGUCGCCAUCAGCACUGGGCUGGCUCAGUCGUUGUCAAGCGCUGGGCAGUAACAGCCGCCGCACCUGGGCCUCAGACGCCAAAGCGGCCGAAGUCACGGUCGCGGAUGCGCCGCAAGAAGAUGGCGCUAAUGGCAAGGUCGAGGUGGGCGGCAAGGCUGUGCGUCGUGGCACAACCUCCCAAGGUCCAGACGUGCACGACUCGCCAGACAUUGCUCGCUCCAUCUUUGAUGCCGUCUGGCGCCGCCUCGAGCGCGAGCAUGGUCGCGCCAACCUCCGCUUCCCCUCGACCAUUGUCUACCUGAACGGCGCCCCCGGCUCGGGUAAAGGUACAAUGGCCAAGUACUUUGUAAACGAGCUUCACCUCAACCACAUUGCCACCAGUUCCCUGCUUCAGACACCCGAGGCACAAAAGAUGAAGAGCACUUCCAUGUUGGUCAACGACUCGGACGUUGAGGUCAUCAAACAGCUGCAGCAGCGCAUGGCCGAACUCCAUCGCGAAUUCUUCCACACGGACCUUGCCACACACUUUCCACGUCCAAAGUUCCAUGUUGUCAUGCUGUACAUUGGUGAAGAGGAGAGUGUCAAACGGCAAAUGAAGCGUGGCGAGCAAGUCGAAGAGCACAAUGCACGCGUGGAAGCUUCGGGUGAGGGUCGGAAGGUGGAGAACCGCACAACGGACAUUGACGAAACGCUGGCGCGCAAGCGCUACCGAAUUUUCCGCGAGGAAGGUUACGAGCCCAUUCGGACGCUGCGAUCACUUUUCAAUUACCACUUUAUCGCUGCCGACGGAUCCAUCGAGGAGGUGCGCGCGCGUGUGAUGCGCGAGUUUGCGUACCAGAGCUCGCUGGAGCUGUCGGACGCGACCUUUGCCCGUCUACAGACCUUGCCUUCGGCGGAAUCCAUCUCUUUGCACUUUCGGGCCAACCUGGUGAAGGAGCUGGACCAAUAUGAGGCUCGUUCUCCGGAGCUGGUGGAUGAGUGCAUCACAAUUAUUCAGCGCGAUUUCCUGCCCCAGAUCCGCCUCUGCCAAUCAAGUGGUCGAGCCGUCGUCAAGAGCUAUCACGACAUCUUCCAGGAGCGGACCCGAGCGUUGCGAAUUGUUGUGGCCAUUCUUGCGGAGCGCGGGUUUGAGGUGAGCGUGCGUCGCGACGAGGUGCACAUUCCGCGCGAGGUGGACGAGCACAACCGAAUUCUCAAUUACACGAGGAAAUACGUGCUGUUUGACAUCAUGUUCCCCAAGGCCAAGAUUUAA